CUUACAGAAGCUCAGAAACAGCUAAUGGUGUGUCGACUACCUCAAGUCCUGCGACUCCAUCUCAAGAGAUUCAGGUGGUCUGGUCGCAAUCAUCGUGAGAAAAUUGGAGUACAUGUGCAGUUUGAUCAAAUGCUAAAUAUGAAGCCGUAUUGCUGUAGAGAAUCUACUGCAGCCCUGAAAUCGGACCACUUUAUCUAUGACCUGUCUGCUGUGGUGAUGCAUCAUGGAAAAGGAUUUGGUUCUGGACAUUAUACAGCUUUCUGCUACAACCCAGAAGGAGGGUUUUGGGUGCACUGCAAUGACUCUAAGCUGCACACAUGCACAGUGGAAGAAGUCUGCAAGGCACAAGCUUACAUCCUGUUCUACACACAACGGGUCAUUCAGGAGAAUGGACACUUAUCUAACAAGCUUUCAGGCCAUGGCACUCCGUCUACUAGUCCACUAGCCACACCUCACUGA